UUUCAAACUACAUUAGCGGAAAUAUUAGCGUCAACUUGUACAACCACCGUGACGUAGUCAUUCCCAGCCAAUAUUUCCAUGUCGCAGAGAACGUACCAACCCUUGCACACAGACAAUCCUUCAACACCUGGAGAAAAGGAUGACAGGAAAGCCCAAUCUCCUGCUGGCAUAAUUUACUUUCUUCUAACUCCUUAUCCACUCAGGUCUCAAUUCCAAGAAAUCCCUUCUCGCAAAUCUUGCGACACAGUAACACAGGAAGAGUUUAUUGCAUGUUUGGAGCGAAUUAAGGACGCAAUCAAAGAUAAUCUAGCAAACGAAGAACUUAUAAAUGACCCCGCCGAGGUUGUUCUCGACAGGCUUGCUGUCUCACUUGACUGGAUGCUAAUCACGGCUGUGAUAUUUAUGAUAAUGAGCAUGUCGUACUUGCGGUCACCCGCUUUCGCAGCGCUUGGGGAUGCAAAAACACAUGAACUUUAUCAGAAACUGGUUGAAAUCACAAACGAUAAGGCAAUGAACGAUAUUUUUCUCCGCCUAUUGGCACAAACGCCUGAAACGCCUCUUUACACGUUCUCUCGCGGGCUCGUACAGACCAGCGUCCUAUCAAGCUGUCUCUUCGCAUUCCUCGCAAUACUGGGUAAACUCUUCAUUGGUCGCAACGGGCUCUACCUUGACAUAUCAUCUCGUCGCAAGUCUCCGAAGCAAUUUUUCUUUAGGCCGUCGCCAUUCGUAUCGAGCUGGCUCAUGCUGUUUCUCAAACCAUUACCAAACAUCUUUAUCUUAAACCAACUUCUUCUUGGCACAGCAUUCGUCAUUGCGCAUUAUCUCGCUUUAUAGUGACCUUCCUCGUUCUUCGGAGGCGUCGUCAAUUCCCCUUUCAGUGUAUCAAACUGCAGCCGAGCAACCCUUCCCACCACCUCGUUUCCAUGUAGCCUUUCGCAUGCCUCUUCCUAUUCCAAAUAUUCUGUAGGUCAUUAUGUUGUAGCUACUUAUUAGGACACGAAUUAUUCACGCACACGACUGAUGUCGUGUAUGGGUUUGGCUAGUCCAAUUCCAUUCUGCACCAUGUACUGCGUAUCCGCUUCUCAGAUUAUUGGUGAUAGCACGAAAU